CUGAAACAUCUCGCGGAUUUCCCUGCAGAGAAAAAUGCUGUGUCUGUGAGUCUGUGUAACAAUAAAAAUGUCUUUUAGAGAUAGAGGGGGAAGAUAUGGUGAUUCUCGGUACCAGAGAGAGGGAAUGAGUGGGACAACGGGUGGUUGGAAUUCAGGCGCCCCAUCACAGAUGUAUCCAGACCCCUCAGUGGCGCCACCAUAUGGAGGACCCAUGCCACCAGGGCCACAAAACUUUGGUCCAGGGCCACCUGGCAUGAUGCCUCCUCCUAUGCCAGUUGGAGGGCCAAUGCCAGGAGGACCAGGUCCCCAGCAGAUGCCAGGGUUUCAGCUUGGAGAAAACAGAGGGCCAUUGGGAUCUUAUGGGAAUAUGCAAGGUAACCUCCCUUACCCACCAAUGGGAGGACCAGGAUAUAACAACCAAGGGCCUGGUUUCAAUCCCCAUCAACAGGGGGCACCAGGAUUCAAUCAGUUUCCUUUGAAUGAGCAACCAGGAGGUCCACCUUUUCAUCAACCACCUGUCAACUAUGGACCAGACUUUGGAAGAUGUGGGGAUGAAUUUCAGAGAGAAUUUGGCCCAGAUGGCAGAUUUGGCCCAGCCAUGAGGAAUGAUAGGCCGCACAGUGACAGUGAUGGCAGAGACAGGGGUCCAGAAGAUGGCUACUACAGGAACACUGAAGGUUUGGGAAGAGACAGAGACAGGCAAGGUGGUAGAUUUCAAGACAAUCGUAGGGACAGAGACUUUCAACAAAGAGACAAUGAAAGAAACAGACUUCCAAGAGAUUCCUCAAGAGACAGAAGGCCAAGAAGCAAUUCAUCAUCCAGGCAGUCCAGUCCAUCUAAUUCCAGUGUGGAUUAUAAAAGAUCUGGACGAGCAGGGACUGGCAGAGAAGGACAAAGUGGUAGGUCAGAUAGAAGGCUGGACUCUUAUGAAGAAAGGCAAGGGAGUAGAAGAUUGGGACCAGCUGCUGAUAGACGUGAAAAUAGAGGAGAUAGGAGAACAAGUCCUGUGCAAUAUAGAAGUAAAAGUUCUAAGACUGGAGGAAGAGACUCAAGCAGGGAGAGAAGCAGGAGAGAUAACAGGUUUUCCUCAAGAAAGCGCAGUGUAAGCAGGGAUCGUGGCAGUGACAGCCCCAGGAAACAAAGGAGAGCAGAUUCUAGGUCAAGAGACAGUGACAGGGAAAGUCGGAGUAAACCUCCAAGACAAGCCGAAGGAUCCAGGGGGUCUCCUUCUCCAGGUACAUCCAGACAGUCGGAGACAAUGUCUGAGAAAAUGUCCGAUGACGGUGAUGGUGGAGAAGACAAUGAUGACAGUGGCGAACCUGCACUUCCUGCAUGGCAGAGGUGCUCCCCUGCUGAUUUAUAUUUUCAGAGACAAAGUGGUUCUAGCAACAUAACUGCUACCAAACGGAUGCAGGAUCUAGAAGAUAAAUUCGAAGGAGAACUUGUCAAGAGAGCUGAGAAAGCUAGAGCUGCCAAACCAAAGUAUGAAAGGCCACCAAGAAAAAUGCCUUUGCAUUUUCACUGCCAUUCAGACCACCACGACAGCAGCAGUAGUUCCUCCUCCUCCUCUGAGGACGAGGAUGAGGAUGAAGAACUUAACAUGUGGCUGGAGGAGAUGAAGAUUAAGAAACAGCAUCCAGAGAGGCUGCAUGAAGACUUAUGGUUUAAUGAAGUAGGGGAGAUGAAUGAUGGUCCGAUAUGCCGUUGUAGCUGGAAAGCCAGGCAGACAGGGAUAAGACAUAAUAUCUUCCCAGGAGAGAAGCUCCCACCAAAGUGCAACCCUGACAGCAACAACCUGGACAGACUAUAUCACUACAGGAUCACAAUGGCUCCGCACACCAAUUUUCUGACCAAAAACCCCACUGUGAUUGAGUAUGACAGCCAUGAGUACAUCUUUGAAGGGUUUUCAAUCUUUUCUCAUCAAAAGUUAGAUAAUAUUCCCCUUUGCCAAGUGACAAGAUUCAGUAUUCCAUACACAAUACACUUUUUUGAAGAACAAGCACCAGAGAAUUUCACAGUGAGAAGCUUGGACCUUUUCUCAGAUUUUCUCUUCACAGAAAUUCUGGAACUAGUUGACCUUGACUGGCACAAGGUCACAGAGGAUGGCUGCCGGCUAUUCCAUAUCAUGCCAAGAUUUGCCAGGAAUUUGCCAGAAAGAGGCAAAGAGAUCCUGUCCAUCAAUGAAGUAUUCCGUUACUUGUUGAGGAGCUCUCAGCCAUUGUUUGAGGCCUCCCAGUUGAGUGACCUGGUCACUAUAGAGGCCCGAGAGUGGCAGGCCCUGGUGGAGGAGGUCAGGGGAAUGCUGGUCACAUGUCCUGGGAUGAGGCCCAGUGCAGUGAGGGUGGACCAGCUGGACAAGAACCACAUGACCCCAGACUCCAUCAGCUAUCCUCUCAUCAUCCACUUUGGCAUCAAACCAGCCAAACUAAGCUAUGUGGGGGACCCAUCGUAUCAAAAGCUGUGGAAGGAGUAUCUGAAAUUGCGUCAUCUCAUGAUGAACAAGCCAAAGAUCAUGUCUGCUGACAAAGAAAAGAUUGCUGCCAAGGAAGAACAGCUCAGCAAACUGAGACUGAAAAGAACAAUGAAGAGAGAGGUGACUAUAGAGCUCAGUGCAGAAAGCUUCAUCAAAACUGGCAUCAGAUCGGAUGUAUGCCAGCAUGCCCUGUUGUUACCUGUGUUGAUCACACACCUGAGGUUCCACAUGUGUCUGGGAGAGCUGGAGAAUAUUAUACAAUACAACUUUAAAGACAGAUCUCUUCUACAGCUGGCUAUGACACACUCUUCCUAUAAACUAAGUUAUGGCACAAAUCCUGACCAUGCCAGAAAUUCCCUGUCUGCCUGUGGCUUGAGAACACCAGAGUAUGGAGAGAAGGUGUCACGGGCUAGAAAACGAGGUCUGAAUGUACUGAUCAAUAUUAUGUCCAGAAUGGGUUUCCGUGAAGAACAAAGGUCACACAUCAAUACCAAUGAGAGAUUGGAGUUUCUGGGGGAUGCUGUCAUAGAGUUCCUCACAAGUGUCCAUUUAUUCUACAUGUUUCCUGAGCUGGAGGAGGGAGGUUUGGCAACAUAUAGGGCAGCCCUGGUACAGAACCAGCACCUGUCUGUACUGGCUAAGAAGAUCCAGCUGCACAAGUUCAUGUUGUAUGCCCAUGGUCCUGAUCUGUGUAGAGACUCUGCCAUGAAACAUGCCAUGGCUAACUGCUUUGAGGCUUUGUUAGGUGCUCUGUUAAUUGACUCCAGUAUAGAGGUAGCUGAUAGAAUAGUAGCCAACACACUAUUUGCAGACGACCCCAAGAGGUAUCAAGUGUGGACCAAUCUUCCUCUACAUCCAUUACAGGAUGAUGAGCCAAAUGGUGACAGGCACUGGAUUGAAAAAAGUCCUGUUUUGCAGAAGCUGACCAAAUUUGAAGAGAACACGGGGAUAAAGUUCAGCAACAUUCGUAUCUUGGCCAAAUGUUUCACCACCAAGAGGGUGCCAUACAACAACCUUACCAUGGGUAACAACCAGAGACUUGAGUUGCUAGGAGACACCAUCAUGAAUCUCAUUGCUGCGGAAUAUCUGUACAAACAUUUCCCAGGCCACCAUGAAGGACACUUGUCACUGCUGCGCAGUUCUCUGGUGAACAACCACAACCAGGCUCUGGUGGCUGAGGAGCUGGGAAUGCUGGAAUACCUCAACUUGGGACCAGAGGAUGGGAGGAGAAAGCCUGUAGAGCUCAAAACUAAGGGGAAGGCUGACACUCUGGAAGCUUUUGUUGGUGCUCUGUAUGUUGACAAGGACUUGCAACAUUGUGAAGUUUUCUGUCAAGUCUGCUUCUUCCCAAGGCUCACACAAUUCAUCUUGAACCAAGAAUGGAAUGAUCCCAAGUCUCAGUUACAGCAGUGCUGUCUGACACUGAGAGAACUGAAUCAAGGAGAGCCAGACAGACCAGUGUACAAGACCCUAGGUGCGUCAGGUGCUACUAAUACAAGGCAGUACCAGGUGGCUGUGUACUUCAGAGGUCAGAGGUUAGCCAGAGGGACUGGCCAGAGUAUCAGGCUGGCAGAGAUGGCAGCUGCUAGGAAUGCUUUGGAAGAGAAAGCAGACAUGUUUCCCCAGCUGGAGUUUCAGAAGAAAUUCAUUGAGGGUAAAUAUGACAGGAGACUGCGUGAUGCGAUCAAGUUAGACGAACAAGACGAUGUCUUUAAGAACUAUUCCCGUUUUGUUGAAUCCUAUACACAAGACAAACUGGUUGUGGAGGAAGAAAACUCAAAUCUACCAAUGGGCUAUCGGGAGCCGAAUGAAGUAACAAAAGAUGAGAAAAAUAAAGUUCGAAGCAAGAAGAAAUCAAAGAGUGCAACUGAAUAAUGAUAUCAAUUCUACAAAUUAAGAGAGAAAAAUAGGUUUAAAUUGUGUUGUACCUUUGUAAAAAUGUGAGGCCUCUACUGCAACGAGCUUCUCUUUGGUUUAUAAAUUUUGUUACCAGAAAAGGAAAUUUCUAUGUGAAACAGGUGAAAUAUCUAUUUGAAUUUUAUUUAUAUCUAUUAUACACAAUUGUGUGACCUCGUGAGAAAUAUUUUUGAAAAUCUUUACUCUGGUGCAAUAUAAACAAAACAAAUUAUUGCAUUUU